UUGGCAUUUCGUUGAGCCCUAAAGCUUCAGCAUCAGGUAGCCAUGGACAGAGAAGAAGAUCCUCGUAAUGGCGGCGGAAAUGGCACCACCACCAAAAAGCCCAGAAUUUCCGGCUUUAUUACUGAUUCGGAGGUUCAAUCCGAAUUCUCUCACCACGAACCCCGCGUAGCCCGGAUCAAUAAUGGCAGCUUCGGGUGCUGCCCUGGGUCCGUACUCGCAGCCCAGCGCUCCUGGCAGCUCUGUUUCCUCCAACAACCUGACCACUUCUACUUCUCCGUGCUCCGACCUAAGCUCCUCCGCUCACGCGCCCUCGUCCAAACCCUAAUCAACGCCGACCACAUCGACGAGGUCUCGCUCGUCGAUAAUGCCACCACCGCCGCCGCCAUCGUCCUCCAGCAAAUCGGUCGCCGAUUCUCCCACCACCAAAACGAUGCCGUUGUCAUGUUCAGCUGCGCCUUCCCGGCCGUGAAGAAAUCCAUCCAAGCCUACGUCACCCGCGCCGGAGGCUCAGUCGUUGAGGUUGACCUCCCUUUUCCGGUGAACUCGAACACUGAGGUCAUUACCGAGUUCAGAAAAGGACUAUCGAAAGCAAAAUCCGGCGGCCGAAAAGUCAGGCUGGCGAUAAUCGAUCAUAUUACAUCAAUGCCAUCUGUUUUGAUUCCGGUUCGCGAACUCGUUAAAAUCUGCAGGGAGGAAGGAGUGGACCAGGUCUUCGUCGAUGCUGCGCACGCCAUAGGCAGCGUCCCCGUUGACGUGCAACAAAUCGGAGCCGAUUUCUACGUGAGCAAUCUCUACAAAUGGUUCUUCGCACCGCCCUCUGUUGCUUUCCUCUACUGUCGAAGAUCGAACGCGUCCUCCUCUGAAAUGCACCACCCGGUGGUCUCUCACGAGUACGGGAACGGACUCCCCAUUGAGAGCUCGUGGAUUGGGACCCGAGACUACACUCCACAGCUCGUUGUGCCGGCGAUUACGGACUUCGUGAACCGUUUCGAAGGCGGGAGCGAGGGUAUCAUGAGAAGAAACCACGUACAGGUGUUGAAGAUGGGGAAAAUGCUCGCGGAGGCGUGGGGGACAAGCCUAGGGUCACCGCCGGAGAUGUGCGCCAGCAUGGUGAUGGUGGGGUUGCCGUCGAAAUUGUGCAUUUCGAGCGACGAUGAUGCUAUGAGAUUGAGGUCGCAUUUGAGAGAGAAGUAUGGUGUUGAAGUACCCAUAUAUUAUCGUGCUCCCAAAAAUGGGGAAGGCGAGUGUGAGCCCAAGGAUAAGGAUGGGUUGAUAACGGGUUAUGCCCGAAUUUCGCAUCAGGUUUAUAAUAGAAUCGAGGAUUAUUUUAAGUUUAGGGAUGCAAUUAAUCGGAUUGUUUUGGAGGAGGAUCUUUAUUGACAAAGUUUGCCAGUUUGCUUUUGUUGGAAUGAGAAAAGUUACUGGAGCAGAGCCUUCUAUGAAAUAACAUUUGGGUUUGCUGAUUCCUGCCGCAUGACACAGUUUUGUAAACAACAGAAUUUUGGUGGACAGGCAAAGGCACAGCCAGUGAAAGAGUUGCUUAGGAACCGAAUAACUUUGUAAGCUGACUUUCUUGUUUGUGGCCUAAUCUUUCACCGUGGUCGUACUAAACUGUAUAGAGAUGUCAACAUUCUUUUAGCAAUUCAGCCGGCUUCGACUGAAUUUAAUUUACGACUUUAUGGA